AUGGAGCCAUCUGCUUUGGGAGAUCACGUCUUUACCGUGGAGAGCAUUCAGAAGAAGCGGGUCCAUAAGGGCAGGUUGCAGUAUCUGGUCAAGUGGAGAGGCUGGUCAGCCAAGUAUAACACAUGGGAACCAGAGGAAAACAUCCUAGACCCACAUCUGCUGGUCACCUUCCAAAACAGAGAGCAUCAGGAGCAGAUGAUGGGUUUUCGCAAAAGGGGACGAAAACCAAAAUAUCAUCUCAAACAGGUCCCCUCAUUUGCUCAAAGACCUGGAAUCCUCUCCAGUCUGCAGGAGGCGCUGUCCAAUGGGAAAAAGAAGCACUGCUACCACCUGAAAAGCAGGAAACACCACCACAACCAGGUUGAUGCCAAAAUGUACCCAAAGGUAAAGGAGGAACCUAAAGGAAGCUGGAACCUUCCUCAGGUCCUGCAUCAGCAGUGGAUUCAGAAUAAGGUUUCAGAGUGUUUGAACAAUGUGAGGGACAUUACCAAAGAACUUGAGAAGCUUCCAGCUUGUGUUAUUGGUGGUGAGACAUCUGAGCUAGGCUCUAACAUCAUUCCUAGAGAAGCUCCUGCAAGUGGAAUGAGCAGCAAGCUGAAGAUUGUGAAGAACAAGAAUAUAAAUGGACGGAUUGUGAUUGUCAUGGGCAAGUAUGCGGAAGGGGGCACCCAGACUGGCAAUAGUGUGGAAAACGAGUCAGAUAUAACAGGAAAGAAUAGACACAGUGCUGAGAACGGCUGCAAAGAGGAAAACGAAGAUGAGAUCGAGCUUUCUCCAUGUAGAUUUACUGUGGCCAAUAUGGAGAACAACCUCAAGGAGGAAGGUGUGACCAAGUCUAUCCCGUUUCUAAAUCCUUCAGAAAAGAGUAUCCAUCUCUGUUUAGAUCCAAGAAGUGGACAAGGAGCUCAAAAGAGGCGUUUCUCAGAACCAGAGAUUGAGCAGGACAGUGAGGUCAAAAGGUUCUUGAGCUCUGAGAAUACAGGUGUACCAAUUUCAGGGUUCAGUCAAUGUCAAAUCAAAAACUCCCACAUUUACGGUCGCCAGCACUCAAACAAACAAUGCUUUGAAUUAUUUGGCUGCCAGGAUGAGCCAAUAGAUCUGAGCUAUUCAAGAAAACUACGCAGUCCGAUCCCAGACAAAUCUCAAAUUAACAGAAAUUCUAAAGCAUCUGAAAAACAGAUAGAGUCUCUGAAAGAACAGACAGAAAAAGAACCAGAAUCUACAUUGAUUCAAAGCUUCACGCCUUUUCUUGGUGAUGUAAUAAUAACAGAUGUUACAACAAACUGCCUCACUGUGACGUUUAAGGAGUAUGUUACUGUCUGGAAAUAAUGACAAAAAAAACUGCAGAGAUCAUAAUAACUACAAAUGAAAAAUGUUUUACAUCAUUGCAGCUAAUCAAUAAAUACUUAUAGCUUUUCAUUAUCUCUG